UCGAGUGGAGCUAAUCUUUAAGGGAGCGAAUUUCCAAAAUGAAGCACCAACAAGUUACAGUGGACUAUUGGACCAUGUUCAAGACAUCCGGAAUGUGCCUGCUUUUGGCCAUUUGUGGAUUUGUACUUCUCAAAAUGGUGCAGACUGCUUUCUGGUUACCGGGUCACCUGAAGAAAAACCAGCAGCGUCUUGAGGAUCUGGCCAAGCUAUAUGCCAAGGAUAUGAACGAAGACGAACGGGCCGAGAUUGAGAAACUCUUCAAUAGCAAGGAGCCAUUGACAGAGGAAAACAUUAACAAGCUGCUGGACAAGCCAGAAUCAUCAUCUGUGCCCAAGAAGGAGCAAUAGUCACAAGAAUACAUAUUU